AGACUCCAGCUGCGCAUCCGGGGCUCCCCUGGGAGCGGCGCGGGGCGGGGCGGCAGGGGUCCCGGGAGCUCCGGCCCUGGCUGGGCUGAGGGCGCUGGACCAGGGCUCAGCAGCAUGCUGGCCACGGUCGGGAGCCUCCUGCGCCUCCGCCUAGGGCGCAUCCCCUGCUGCGCCCCGGGAGCGCCCCCAGAAGUCGAGCGGCGGCCGGUCGCGUCUCUCUGGCCCCGGGGUCACCCCCAGUACUCCAGUGGCGGGAGCCCCGGCAGCUCGGAGCCCCCAGGUUCUGCCGAGAAGGUCCAUAGAGUCCCCGCCGAGCACAAGCCGUCGCAAUUUGACAAGAGAAUCCUGCUGUGGACCGGGCGUUUCAAAGCAAUGGAGGAUAUCCCGCCUCGGAUUCCGCCAGAAAUGAUAGAUGCUGCAAGAAACAAAGCUCGGGUGAAAGCUUGUUACAUAAUGAUUGGACUCACAAUCAUCGCCUGCUUUGCAGUGAUAGCAUCAGCCAAAAGGGCUGCAGAACGACAUGAAUCUUUAACAAGUUGGAACCUGGCAAAGAAGGCAAAAUGGCGUGAAGAAGCGGCACUGGCUGCACAGGCCAAGGCUAAAUGAUAUUCUAACUGACAAAGUGUUCAUCGGAAUAUCAUCACUAUUACCAGCAACAAUAAAUGAUAGGUAAAAGAGAAUAUUUGACAAAGUA